AAUCCUCGAGAGAGGAGAAAAUAAAUAUCCAUAAUAAUGCCAUCAUCAUUAUUAAGCAUUAUUCCUAGUCCUAGCCAUGGUUACGCCUCUGAUCUGUUUGAUAGGUAUGAGGUUCAGACCAUAUCGCGCCUCCUUGACCACUACAUACAAGCUACCAACCGCAACUCCGCCGGGGAGACCAGUGAUGAUCAUGGAAGGAGGAAGAAUAACAAGAAGAAGCCGCCGCCAACGCCGCCUGCAGCUAAGGGAUUUUGGCUGCGGAGGUAUGCGGUGGUGUGUGGCUCCGGCACCGCCGACGUGGUUGAAACUGCUGCUGCACGUAUUGGCGCCUCCUCAUCAUUGCGGUGGCAGCCGCGUCGGUAGAAAUCAACUGCCGGUGGCUGCCCAGGCGGUAGAAAUCAACUGAGAUUACGAGUAAAAUUACUUAAUGUGCUCUAUAUCAUAAAAUUAAGAAUAUUAAUUCCUCCGUCCCUAAAAGAUCUUCUCCUUUUAUUUUUUGUUGUCCCAAAAGAUGUUCUAUUAUCUAUUAAAAAACCACUUUUACCCUUUAUAUUUUUAUACCCUAUAUAUCACAUCAUACAUUUUUCCUAAUAAUCUAUCCAUCAGAUCUUACUUUUACCCAUCACAUAAUGGAUAUUUUCAAAAAGUAUACCAAAAUAUCUUGCCCAUAAAUUUCUCAAAAAAUCAAUAAGGGAAACCCUUUCAGGAACGGAUGAGGUAUAUACUACCUCUCUCUUUUUAUCCACUUUCUUUUAAGAUCAUCCUAUUGAUUUUAUCCACUUUCUUAUUUUUGUACUCCAUCCAUUUCAUAAAACAGUUUCCCUUUCAUUUUUUUCGUUUUCCCCAAAACACUUCCAUUUUUGUAAAAAAUGACUAAUAUAUCUAAUUAAGUCGUUGCUAUAUAUUUUAUUCAAAAUGAUAGUAUAACAUUUUUUUAUCACAUUAUAUUUUAUAUACUCCUUUUGUUCACCAAAAUGGCUCUUAUUUUGAUUAAUGGGAUAAAUAAGGAGGUUAUAUUUGUAGGUGACUUUCUAAUUUUGUUUUUGGUGUGAUGGAUGAAUUAUUAGUGAAAAAGUAUGAUGUGAUAGGUAAGGUAAGAAUUAGUAGUCGUAAAAGUAAUUUUAAUAAAAAUGGAAGUGUUUUGUCAAAAGAAAAAAACGAAAGAGAAAGUGUUUUCGCAAACGGAAAGAGUAUUAAAAUACAUGAUUUUGAAAGCACCUUACUUGAACGGUUUGGUAAGAUUGAGUUCGAGUGCAGUAGAGUUUGGUGCAUUUUUAAUGAGUUAUUUUGGGUACAGUCAUUUGCGAAUUUGGUCAUUCAAAUCUAAUGUUUAUAGACCGGGUUUUGGAUUAUUAAAAAAUAGGCUGGGUCAAUUUUUGUAAUGCAUGUGUAAUGUGCAUGGUAUGAAUCAAGUGCUCAUUUGAACGGUGUUUUUUCAUUUUUGUUCAUAAAUUUUAUCUCAUCCCCUUAAAAUACCUUAACUUGAUCAAAACAUUAAUCAAUAAGAUUUAGUAGGUUUCUAGGUUACUUGCACGUCAUCUCUCUCUCUCUUUCUUCAUCUUUCUUCUCUUCCCUAAUUAUUUCUUUUUUAGGGCUAAUAAUAUAUUUCCUCUGUCCCUGAAAGAGUUUCCCUUAUUGACAUUGUAAGAAAUUAAGGGAGGAGUAUUUUUGUAUUGACUUUUCAAAAAUACCCUUGAUGUGAUGGGUAAAGUAAGAUGUGAUGGAUAGAUUAUUAGUAAAAAGAUAUGAUAUGAUAGGUAGGGUAUGAAAAAGUAAGUAGUAAAAGUAAUUUUUUAAUAGAUAAAAGAACAUUUUUUGGGGAUAACAAAAAAAUAAAAGGGGGAAAUCUUUUGAGACGGAGGAAGUACUUUAGAAAGUUCGAAAGGAAAACAUGUACUCCUCUUUUAAAGAGUUCGAGGAUAAAUGACACAAGAAACUUAUUUAUACUCC